GUCAUCAAUCGCCUCUCUUAUGAUGCUUGUUCCGCGGAGAAGUCGAAAGAUUUAAUAUGCCCCCAAGAAAGUAUUUCAUUCGAUUCGAUUGGGUUUUACAAUACGUUUUGCUUUAGUUCUCUUCGUAGUCGCGAUUUUGUACCAGAGGAGAUGGCUGAUGGGCAACCAUUGCACAGGCUGCUUGGGCUGCUCGGGUGGCAAUGGAUAGCAUGGUUGGCUUGAUAUCAAUCUCCUGCUUCAAGUUAUAAUCUGAUCAGUAUACAAACACCAAACGAAACGAAGGAAUUUGAAAUAAAGAAAAAUAUUCUCACUGCAUACAUAAUUGGCCGGUGACGCUAGAAUUAAGUAACUCUUUUAAAUUCCGUUGUGUUGGGCCUGCGCGCUCGUAACAUGAUGCAUUGCGACCUGGGUUAGAACUGCUUAGUUUUUGCCCGCCUCUUGGCUAGUUCAACGGGGUUCAGUGGAAGUGACUUAGAAGUUUCGCCCCUCCCACCUCCCCUGGUGGCGGUUGACGUCGCUUACUCUCAUUAUUCGGCGUGCCUGUUGUCCUGGCAGUCGCGGUUGCCUCCCACAACUUAGUUCUCCGUGUCGGAACGAUAGGUAUGCGGUGCAAAUAUUAUACGAAUCACAUUUAAGCUGAAAGUGAUACAAUAUGACUUGACUGAAUUUUUAGCAUACAAAUGAUUCCUCAAAAUGUAAAGGUUUCGUUAUUUGUUUGACUUUGAAAAAAUCCGUGCCAGAUAUUUAGGUAAAACAUUUAGCACAACGAGCAACAGAAGCAUGUUGAUCGAUGGCUAAAAUAAAUUGUUCAAAGAAUACAUACGAAAGGGAACCGUCAUGAUUAGUUUUUUCUAUUUGAAUCGCAGGUGCAUUUGAUAAGAGCAGUUUGAAAGAUGGCGAAGGUGCAACGGAAACAAAGAACUUGUAA